GAAGCCCUGCAGCCUGCUUCCCUCUCUCUACUGCCAAAGAGUGUUUUCCUCUUGGACCAGCCAUGCUCCAAGUGAGCCCUACCUCUGUUGCCGGCAUAUUUCUUUUAUUUCUCCUUCUCACCGCUGUCUCUCCACAAUGCCGGUCGGGCACAGAUGACGAAUGUGAGGAGAAUGGGGACUUUGUGCCGGGUCACCACUUGGCUGGUGAGGGCAUUGACAUCACCACGCUGGAGAAGAAAGGGGCCAAGGUGCUGGAUAUGAGUCAGUGGCAAAAACCGGAUGGGACCUGCACCUUGUGCCAGAAUCCAUUACUGGAAGGGAAGCCACUGCAGAGGCUUCCCUUGGCCGCCGCUGACUGGGAGGCCAAAGUUUCGUGCCGGCGGAAGUUGCGCACCUCAUUACAGGAGUCAGGCAUGUCUGUGGUUCAGGCAGCAGGAUCCGAAGUCAAAAAUGACUGGAAGGUGGGGCUGGAUGUGCAGGUGAAGCCCCAGGUGAACGUCCAAGUGGCUUUGGCGGGGUCACACUCCAAAAUGGCCGACUUCAGUGCUGACAAGAGUUCACAGGACAAGUAUACUUUCACUAGCCAUGAGGUCUCCUGUUCAUACUACAGGUUCCGUACAGGCCAUUAUCGGCCGCUCACCCAACAUUUCAAAAAUGCUGUCAGGGUUCUGCCCCCAAAGUACCACCACAAAUCACAGCUGGAAUACCACCAGCUGAUUGGAACCUAUGGGACUCACUUUAUCACACAGCUUCACCUGGGGGGACGUGUGAAGGAUGUGACGGCCGUACGGGUGUGUGAAACAGUGUUGGAUGGGGUGAGUGCUGAUGAAGUCAAAGAUUGCCUGAGCAUGGAGGCUGCUGUCAGCAUCGGUUCUGGCAAAGGGAAGUUUGAUGCAACUUACCAGAAGUGUGAAGAACAGAAACAAAAAGAAGGAUUCAAAGGGAGCUUCCACCAAAUGUACAGGGAGCGGCACACAGAGGUUGUAGGUGGGAACAGCCAAAUAGACCUGCUCUUUUCUGAUGACCAGGGCACGGAAGGCUUCAAGGAGUGGGUGGAAGGACUCAAGUCCAUGCCUGGCCUGGUCUCUUACUCCUUAGAGCCCAUCCACACCUUGGUGGCCAAAGAGGACCCCAGGAGAGAGGGCUUGCGGCAGGCGGUGAGCGAGUAUGUGAGAGAAAAAGCCAUGUGGAGGAACUGCACCCAGCCUUGCCCACCAGGGACCCAACGCAGUGCCCGGGACCCCUGUUCCUGUGUGUGUCCGAGUGAUGGCACCACCAACUCCAUGUGUUGCUCACGACAGCGAGGCAUGGCCAAGCUGACGGUGACGAUUCAACGUGCCCAUGGUUUGUGGGGGGACCACACUACUAGUACCGAUGCGUACAUCAAGCUGUUCUUCCAAAGCAAGGAGAUGCGUGCAGAAACGGUGUGGAACAAUAACAACCCAGUAUGGAAUGCCCACUUUGAUUUGGGGAACAUCCAGAUCAUGGGAGAGACCAGCAAGCUCAGAGUGCAAGUCUGGGAUGAGGAUAACAAAUAUGAUGACGACCUUCUAGGGAGCUGUGACUACACCUUGCAAUCUGGGAAUCUACAAAAUCAGAUCUGUUAUUUGGACCAUGGGCGCCUGGAUUUCCAGUAUCACCUGGUGUGUGGUUCCUAUCUGGGUGGCCCUUACUGCCAGGAUUAUAUCCCUCAGCAGCCAAGAUAUGCCGGUGCCCAGUUGCAACGUAAGGGCACAGCAGGUGCUAUGAAGCAAAAGACCCCCUGAUACAGGACCCAAUGGAUUUUUUCAAGUACAGAGGCUCUCAGUCUUUCCUGCAGGUGAUGUUUGCCUUGAAAGCAGGGUUGCGAGUCUUGGGUCCCAAGAUGUUGGACUACAACAUCCAUCAUCACCAGACACAAUGGUCAUUGUGAAUGAGGAUAAUGGGCAUUGUAGUCCAGCAACAUCUGGGGAGCCAAUGUUGAGAACCCCUGCUCUAAAGCACAGCUUCCCAAGAGCUAUGGUUUAAUGUACUAGGUCCACAGCCAGUCACCAAUUAGAGAGGCGUCUGACACCACAAAUGUGUAAGCCUUUAAGGUAUCACAUAUCUCUUUGAUGUUUUUCACCAAACGAUGGAAAUCACCAAUUAAACUUGGAACAACAACAACCAAAAAAAAUAUUUUUUUUCAGCUAGUCCAAUCGCAUUCUGUACCACAAAUGCUUGUAUAAACCAUGCAAAUAAAGUGAAAAUUUUCCAUG